UCCAAAUAAAAGCUUGCAAAUUACAAUUAAAUUUAUAUUCCUACUUAACUCAAAUUGUGAUUUCUGUGUUCCUUUCACUUAUAAAAAUUAUACUUUUUCAUAUAAUGCCACAUAUCUGAUUGUUUCAUAACCUUUAAGUUAGUAUCGUUAACAUGUUUUCAAUUUGCCGACAAACGCACCCCGCCACGGGGAUAGAACACUCUGUUAGCUGUUGUUUCUUCAAUAACGAUGAAACAUGUUUGGUUACCGCGGGUGCCAAUAUCAUAAAAGUAUUUAGACUGGUCCCUGAAGGCCACACGAAAGAGGUCAAUGCCGCUGGUCAACCAAUCCCACCAAAGAUGAAAUUGGAAUGCCUCGCAUCAUACACACUGUGGGGUAAUGUCAUGUCAAUUGCCGCAGUAAAAUGCCCAAGUGCUGGCAGAGAUUUGCUCUUGUUGUCAUUCAGGGAGGCCAAACUGUCAGUGGUGCAGUAUGAUCCACAAAUUAACAAUUUAGUUACAUUAAGCAUGCACUAUUUUGAAGAAGAUGAUAUGAAGGGCGGCUGGACAACACAUCCACAUAUUCCUUGGAUCCGAGUUGAUCCUGAAUUCAGAUGUGCAGUUAUGCUGCUAUAUGGAAAGAAAUUGGCUGUCCUUCCGUUUAGAAAAGACUUAACCUCUGAAGAUGGUGAUCCUCUUGAAGCUAAGCCUCUUUCUGAUAGCAAGAAGAUUCAACCCCAACAACAAAUAACAAGAUCUCCCACAUUAGCAUCAUAUGUGAUAGUUUUGAAGGAAUUAGAUGAGAAGAUAGAUAAUAUAUUAGAUAUACAAUUCUUGUAUGGAUAUUAUGAGCCAACCUUACUAUUGUUGUAUGAACCAGUCAGAACAUUUGCUGGACGCACAGCGGUACGCAGCGAUACGUGCGCAAUGGCGGGUGUGAGUCUGAAUAUGAGCGCGCGCGUGCACCCGGUCAUCUGGUCCACUGGUGGUCUGCCCUUUGACUGUCUACAGGCAGUGCCUAUAGAGAAACCUUUAGGUGGCUGCUUAAUUUUGGCUGUGAACUCUCUCAUAUACCUCAACCAGUCGGUGCCGCCGUACGGAGUGUCACUCAACAGUAUCGCCUCGCACACAACUAACUUCCCAUUACGUGUCCAAGAAGGCGCAUGCAUCACGUUAGACGGCGCACAGGUGGCGCCACUGGGGGAGACUCGCCUGGCGCUUGCGUUGCGCGGCGGUCAGCUUUACGUGCUAACACUACUAGCUGACUCCGUCCGGUCCGUCAGAAGCUUCCACUUGGAUCGCGCCGCUGCGUCUGUGCUGACGUCAUGUAUGUGUGUAAUAGAAGAGGACUUCCUAUUUCUGGGCUCGCGGCUCGGUAACUCGUUGCUGUUGCGAGUGACAGAGAGGGAGAAUAGAAUGCUGUUCUCUGUCGACAAACCGUUGGAGGCGACCAUUGAUCUCACUUUGUCUGAAGCUGAACAACAAGCGGCUGCAAGCAAAGAGGCGGCUGCUGAAACACAGAAUAACCAAAGCACAGAGCCGGCCAAGCGUCGUCGCUUAGACACUUUAAGCGACUGCGUGGCGACCAACGUUAUAGAGAUAAGCGACAAAGACGAGCUUGAGGUGUACGGGUCUGAUAUACGCACGUCCACACAGCUCACCAGUUAUGUGUUUGAGGUAUGCGACUCCCUGCUCAACAUCUGUCCAAUCGGCGCGGUGUCCAUGGGCGAAGUACAACUUCUAGCUGAGGGGGAGACGGGCGACGCGGGGGAGGGGCGAGCGCUCGAGCUAGUAGCUUGUAGCGGUCGCGGGAAAAACGGCGCGCUCACUGUGCUACAGCGGUCUGUGCGACCGCAGUUACUGACAUCGUUUGAGUUGCCAGGAUGUAUCGACAUGUGGUCAGUGAUUGGGGAUCCGGGAGAAGUGGUGCGCGACGCACACAAGGACAUGGAGGGUACACACGCGUACCUGCUACUCACACAAGCGGACGCGACCAUGGUGUUACAAACCGGUCUGGAGAUCAACGAGGUGGACAACUCGGGGUUCAGCACGAGCGCGCCCACCGUGUUCGCCGGCAACCUCGGCAACAACAAGUACAUGGUGCAGGUCACCACCUGCGCCAUACGACUUGUUAGGAACGGCGUUAUGCUCCAAUCUAUCGCGUUAGAGUGGACGGCGCGCAGUGCGAGCGUCGCGGACCCGUACCUGUGCGUGCUGUCGACGUGCGGCCGCGCGCUGGUGUUGGCGCUGCGAGAGCUGCGGCCCAGAGAUCCCACGUCAGCUCGGCUAGCUCCGACUCGUCAGGCGGUGCCGGCGCGGCCGCGGCUGCUGCGUGCGGCGCCAUUCCGCGACUUAUCCGGCCUGUUUGGACCACCAGAUGAAAAUAUACAGAUCAAAGGCGAGUUCACUGGCAAGAAGAAGGGCAAGAGCGUGAAGGCGGAGGGGUUCAAGCCGGACACCGUGUACGAGGUGAACGACGAGGACGAGCUGCUAUAUGGCGGUGACCAGACACCCGCCUCUAUGGCCAGCAUAAUGUUAGCGGAGCAAUCUAAGAACCCCGGUCUACCGAAGCGAAUGUCUCGCUGGUGGAAGCGCUACCUCGCCGACAUGAAACCCACGUACUGGCUGUUCGUGGUGCGAGACAACGGCAACCUCGAGAUAUACUCACUGCCCGAGAUGAAGCUGAGUUUCCUGGUGCGAGACGUCUGCGCGGGGCAUAAGAUACUAGCCGACAGUCUCGAGUCGGUGCCGAUACCUGUCAAUCCAGAAGAGGAGGAAGAAUUCAUCUCCACCCACAGCGCCAACGCUGAGAAGCUGCAAGAGAUAUUGGUGGUGGGGUUGGGACAUAAGGGCGGGAGGGUGCUGAUGUUGUUGAAGUGUGAUAAUGACCAGCUGAUGAUUUAUCAGGCAUACAAAUACCCCCGCGGGAACCUAAAGAUGCGUUUCUCUAGGAUGGCGGUAUCGUUCCCGUUCGGGUACAAGAGCGAGGUGGUAUCUUGUCCCGACGACUCGUACGAGGCGUCCGCUUUGAGAGAAGGCGUGAGACAGUUGCGGUACUUCGGUAACGUGGGCGGCUACAGCGGUGUAUUCGUGUGCGGGCGUACGCCCCUCCUACUUCUACUGGGUGCGAGAGGCGAGUUGCGUAUACAUCCGCUCUCGACGUCCGCGCCCGUGGCCAGUAUGGCGUCGUUCAACAACGCUAACUGUCCGCAGGGAUUGCUGUACUUUAACGCACAGGGCUCGCUACGUAUCGCCGUGUUACCCACUCAUCUAUCAUACGAAGCGGCGUGGGCGGUACGUAAAGUGCCGCUCCGUGAGACGCCGCACUUUGUGACAUAUCACGUGGAGUCGCGCACGUACUGCCUCGUGACGUCACUGUCCACGCCCACACACUCCUACUACAAGUUCAACGGUGAAGAUAAGGAGAAGUCGAACGAAAAUAAGGGUGAUAGGUUCCCGUAUCCUACAAUGGAGCGUUUCGCCGUCAUGUUAUUCUCACCUGUAUCGUGGGAGGUCAUUCCCAACACGAGAAUAGAGUUCGACGAGUGGGAACACGUCACGUGCUUGAAGAACGUGUCCCUGUCGUACGAGGGGACAAGGUCUGGUCUUCGAGGCUAUAUCGCUAUUGGUACAAACUAUAACUACGGCGAAGACAUUACAUCAAGGGGAAGGAUAUUAAUCUACGACAUCAUAGACGUAGUGCCCGAGCCGGGGCAGCCGCUCACCAAGAAUAGGUUUAAGGAGAUUUACGCCAAAGAGCAGAAAGGACCGGUGACUGCUCUUACGCAAGUUUUAGGGUUCCUCAUAUCAGCUGUUGGACAAAAGAUCUACAUCUGGCAACUCAAAGACAACGACCUAGUGGGCGUGGCAUUCAUAGACACGCAGAUCUACGUGCACCGCAUGUUGGCAGUCAAGAACCUCAUACUAGUGGCCGACGUGUACAAGUCGGUGUCCUUAUUGCGGUAUCAGGACAAGCAGAGGACGCUAUCGCUUGUGUCACGUGAUUUGAGGACGGCUCAGAUUUACGACAUGGAGUUUAUGGUGGACAAUACGACGUUAGGUUUCCUAGUGAGCGAAUCGGAGGGCAAUCUCGCAUUGUUUAUGUACCAGCCGCAAGCUAGAGAGAGCUAUGGAGGUCAGCGUCUGAUCCGCAAGUGUGACUAUCACGUGGGCCAGCCCGUGCACGCCAUGUUCCGUCUCGCCGCGCGUCCGCUCGCCAACGCCCCGCCCACCAGACACGUGACUAUGUUCACGACGCUGGACGGCGGGCUGGGGUACGUGGUGCCGGUGUCGGAGCAGGUGUACCGGCGACUGCUGAUGCUGCAGAACGUAUGCAACAACUACUGCUGCCACGUCGCCGGCCUCAACCCGCGAGCCCACAGAACGUAUAAAAGCGCGCGGCGUGGUUUGGGCAGCGCGCCGGCACGCGGUAUACUGGACGGGGAUCUCAUUGCGCUGUACUGCUCCAUGCCGCUAGCUGACCAGCAUGAUAUUGCGAAGAAAAUAGGCACAAAAGUGGAAGAGAUCAUGGCGGACUUAUUCGAGAUUGACAGACUGACUGCGCACUUCUAGCUUAAGAAUAUACCUACCUGUACAUAUUAAUUAAAUGAUUUUAAGA